UCCAUGCUCUUUCGAGUUGUAAAUGUUUGCUUGGCAGUUUAGUUCAUUUCGCCAUCAUAUUUCAGAAAAAGCAUAAUUGCGAUAUCGAAACUGAACAGUGAUUGGGCCAAUGAUCUGUUGUGUGUGUCUGUAAGUUAACUCGUGUGACAAACAUGUUUUUGUCUUCACCAAAUUGCAUCAAGAAUAGCGAAUGCUAAGUUAAAUGUUUGGAGAUCUGUAGAAACUGAAUGCUCUGCAACAUCACUUUGAUCAUAAAAAGUGGGAGUGGUGUAGAGUCUGAGCGGAAGAGGAGGUUUAUUGCUUUAUUCGUUCCUCUGUGCUCCACCCUCUCCCCUGCUCCCAUUCCCUGCUCUGUGGAACUCUGGGAUUGUUACCAGCUGCUCCGUUACCCACGGCAACACCGGAGCUCCUGCUCUUUCUUCAAAUGACACGACAGCAACCGUUCAGGGUCUGAUGUGGCCCCUCCCCGUCCUGCAGUGAAACCGCGGGGUAUCAGACCCUCUUUCUCCGAGGUUGACCUCCUCAAUCCCGACCCCUGUCUGAAAGCCCAAGGCAGGUGUAUGAUCCAGAAAUGUGGGCACUAAAACAGUAAUGCAAACAGGGAAAAUGAACUUGAAAUAUCUGCUCUUUCGCGGGCGAAGGACAGGGCCAUGGGUGUUGGGAGGGGGGCAUCUGACCCUGAACGGCGGGAUUGAGUCGCCACGGUGAUGGCGACAGCAGCUCUGAGAACGGGCGGCGCCAUGGCGGGGGACUGCAGCCGGGCCGAAGACUCGGGGCCGCCCCUCUCAGCACACUCGGGGGGCUCGGGCGCCUGCUGGGGCGGCCGGGCCGAAGACUUCGCCGGCCAGAUGAACGAAAACGGCAUCAUCGGGCUGGACCAGGUGAUGGAGGAGGCAGGUCUGGAGGCGGGCGGGGCGGAGGAGGACCUGAGCUUCCACCUGAGUGAGCUGCAGGACUGUCAAUCACCUGGAGGAGACGCCCUGUCGCUCUGUGACCUGGAUGAGCAGGGUUCAGAUAGUCUAGUAAGUGAGGAAGAUGGGGGUGGCUGGCUGAUGCACAGGCUGCCAGAGCGAGGCCGACCAUGUAACAUGACUGAUGAUGAGGAAGAGGAGGAGGAGGACACCAAUGACCCCAUGGAAAUCGCAGACUCUUUUUCUUUCGGUGCUAUUGAUCCCAGGGACAGACUGCAGCGGGCAGAGACCCCUGAACCUGAACUGGCAGAGGAAAGCGACUUCAGGUUCACGGGUCGGGUGGGAGGUUGUCAAGGCAAUCGCAGCAAAGAGGAAGUGGCAGCAGUGGAGGUCAGCAGGGACUCCCUGGGAGAGAGCCAAGAAGGGGGAUCACUCAGGAACACCCUGCCUGCACCCUCAGGUCUACCUCUGUCCCCAUUGCACCCUGCUGGAGGACCCCAGGAUGUCCUGAUGACCCCUGUCCAUCCACAUCUAACCAAUAGUCCUGGGUUCCAGAGUGAUGCCUUUACAGAGUUCCAGUCUGUCUUAGAGACUCAGGUGGAGUCGUGCCGCAGUCAAUGGAACCACAGCCUCAGAGACAGGAUCUCUCCUGAUUCCCAGGGGGAAGAGUCCCAGGAUGGGAGUGACUUUUCGUCUGUGUCCUGGUCUUCACAGCCAAUACGGGAGCUCACUCAGGACAACGGACAGGCAGUGGAGGAAUACGUGGGGGUGGAAGGGGCACUCGAGGGACCCUGCUCCUCUCCUCCCGCUUCUCCAUUACCAGGGACGAUGCCUUGUAUAACACAGGUCCCACUACCGUCUGCAUUGCAGUCUUCCCGCAAGGCUUGGAGGUCCCACUCAGACUGUGCCCCCUGUUUGGCUCCACCCAAGGGCCUCAGGACAUUGACAGGGGAGUCUCUAAAACGUGGGUGCAGCCGGGACAACAGCCGGUAUGGUAAAGGACAGCUACAUUACCCCCUGCCAGACUUCUCCAAGGUGGAGCCCAGGGUCCUCUUCCCCAAAGAGGGCUACAAGCCGCCCAAGAGUAAGGGCUGCCCCCGAAAGAAGACUCCGGGCAGUGAGAAACCCCUGGUCUUCAAGUCCCCUGCUGACAUAGUGAGAGAAGUUCUUCUGAGCAGCGCCGGCCCCCCGGCUCCAGCCGGGCCCCAGGGGCCCCUCGAUGCCACCGUGCCGCAGGAGUUUCGCUCCCCGCGGCAGGCCAGCGUGCUCGUGCAUCAGCUGCAGGAGGACUACAACAGACUGCUCACCAAGUACGCCGAAGCUGAAAACACUAUCGAUCGUCUCCGGCUGGAAGCUAAGGUCAACCUGUACUCCGACCCUCCGAAGCCCAGUCACCCUGACUACACAGGCACCCUCAAUAUGGGGUCAAAGGUCAUGACUGUGACCCUUCCUUGGGCCCAAAGGGCACAGCUGAGCCCGAUCGUUGUUUCCACGGGAACUGAUCCAGGGAAAACUGUAGAAACGGGUGAUUCUCCCACAGUUCCUUCGUCUUCGGCCUACACUUCCACCUGCAGCUUGGGCCCACAAUUUGGAGAAUGUCUGACUGAGUCCUUAUCCAGGCAGGCUGGGAGGUUCAGGAUGCAGGUUGACUCUUUUGAAGAGCUUCUGACGGGAGGGAGACUGAAGCCAUUUGAGCAGGUGCUGAAGGGCCUCUCCUGCCUGGCUCAGGGACAGGGCUCUUUGGAGAGGGGGUACCUGAGGGCGAGGGAAGAGCACAGACUUCAGCAGCAGCAGGGGAGAGAUCCGGGGCCCUUCGACCCACAAAGGGAGCUGGAGGGGGAGAUCUUCCGCUUGGGAAUGCGGUUGGAGGAUCUGAAGGAGCAGGUUCAGCCCGGGGCUCAGCUCCAGCCUUUUUCCACACCCUUAACACCACUAACGCACCUCACCAUGGGCCCUUCCACAGCCAGUACCCCCUAUCCCCACCCUGAGAGCCAGCCAUCACCCCCUGGGGGAGGGGCCAGGGUGUUGACGGGCAUGCCGGUGUGUGUGGCCAGUGGGGAGAAAGAGGGAGAGGGAGAAGGAGGAGAGAGAGAGGAUGAGACGGAUGAGAGACGGCCCACCCCUCUUCCAUGGGCGCGGCGUCACAGGUACCAGCACGGGGAGAUUGACCUCAGCCACCCGCCACAACAUGUCCCAGAAGGCACUCGGGAAGGUGUUCUGGGUCCAUCUCCCGGAUGCGGCCAGCAGGAGCCCCUCCCACUGCGCCCUAUGUUGCCACGGCAACCAAGCCAGGACAAGCGGUGGGGUGGAAGCAGGUCUGGCAGCGGGAGUCCUGCGAGUGCAGCAGAGAGCGUCGCCUUUGAGGGUCCAUCCAAACCACAGAGCAGCCUCAGGAGAGCGCCCCCGCAGGACGGGAUCAUGUCACCAGAGACCGACAGUGGCUUUGUGGGCUCUCAGAGCAGUCACCUUAAUCUGCUGGCACCCAGCCCUCCCAGGAAGGAGGCACUAGCGAGUCAGUCUUCCCCUCUGGAAGGGGGAGGAGACCAGAUGCUGCCAAUCAAUACUCAGGCCCACCUUAGCUCCGCCUAUCAGGGAAUCACCUCAUCGGACCGUUCCACUGCUGUCGCCAGGGUCCCUGAGGUUCAGCCAUCUGCAGAGAAGAGCGGCUCCCCGAGACAGUGGCCGAACAGCUCGACCAGCGAGUUUGAGUCUGAGAGCGAGCGUUCCCACAGUUCAGCUGAAGAUGAAGACGAGAUUCAGAGUGUCUGUUACACCCAACCAGCCAAUCAGAGCCCACACCAUCAGAGGAGACCCUCCCUCCCCGGACUCCAUCGCCAUGGCAACUCCUUCGGUGUCCAGGGUUCUGACCACCCGGCAGAUCGACAUAAGGCCCUCCAGGCCUUGCAGGCUGAGAUGAGUAUGUUGAGUGAGGAGCUGGAGGGCAGUCUACGGACAGGCAAGUCGUCAUACCCCAUCACAGUGCCCCCUUUAGUCCAGGAGGUCCCACGGCACUCCCUGAACAGCUCCAAAAUAUACCCCAGGUUUGUUCGGUACCCCGAGGAUAAAAGGAGAGAAGAAGAGGGAGAGCAGGAAGAUGAGGGGCAAACGGAGGAGGAAGAGGUAGAAGGGGCCCCAUAUGAGAGGUCUUCCCCUGUCACGCUCAGGCCGGAGCUGGAUAUCAUCACUGACUCUCAGCACUCCCAGCCCACCUCUAAACCGCUGUCCUACGACCGGCAUAUCCCACAAUCCGUGGGAGCCCAGCGGAGGCGGUGGCAGAGGUGCAGGAUUGGGGAGGAAAGCACAGAGCCUGUGGAACACAGAGAGCCCUACACUGGACACCAAAACCAUAUGGCAGCAUCUGGGGGUCCUGAUGAGGUCAACCAGAGGCAGAGCCACUCAAUCCAUGCCCAAAAUGACAUCAACAAGAACCGUACCGGAGGCAGGGCUGCAAGCCACAACACCUGCCCCCACUCUGGGUACUGUGCACGUUGCCCGGGUUCGAGGCCCUGCCGCAACAGGUCCAACUCAGGCCAUUCGAUGCACAGGACCUCAGGCUCCACCCAUCACAAUGUCUGGCCACUGGGCUUCACCCACAGGACGGAUGGAGGCGUGUUCCUGACAUCCCCUCCCCCUCCUGUGCUGGGCAGUGUGCCACUGGUGCAGUAUGUGCCUGUUGCUCCAUCCAUGCUCUACUACUCCUCCCCUGUCUCCUGGACCCCCGCCACGUAUGCGCAGUCAUUGGACGGAGGAGGGCGCGGAGCGCGUAGACACGCCCACACGGCGGACCGGGAGGCCCUCGGCGACUCUCUGACCCGAGCCAUCGAGGCGGCCCGGCGCAUGAGGGCCACGUCUCGACGCAUAGCCCGCUCGCUCUCUGCCAGCAUUCAGCACCAGGGGGCGCUCUCGCUGUCAUAGGCCAGAGGCGGGGCAGUCAGCACCGAGUUACUUAUGUAUUAACGCUUUCAGUGCCAAGAGUGCCACGUGCCACUCAAGCAUACUAUUGUUUUGAGCCCCUAUUGAAACCUGACAGACCUGCUUCCUUGUAAAGCCUGCUGGCUGGGUGCUCUGCCAUGAAGAAGCUAGUCUGAACCACGGUAAAUAAGAUAGUCUGAACCACAGUAAAAGGCGAUGGAGAUGGUGGCACAUGAAAUGAAAAAAAACGAGCCGUCACCUCAUGAACAGCAUUCAUUCUCACAAGAGGUGACGUCUCUUUUUCUAUAUGGUGUGCCACCAUCUCCAUAGCCUUUUACUGUGGUUCUUUGUCUUAUUAAUGUAUUACUGAUUAACCCUUGCUUAACCAGAACUCUUCCACAAAAUGCCAUAGGAUCAUUAAUGAUCAAUGAAGUGAAUAAGGACUUUGUUUAUAAUACUAUUGCAUCUCUGUCUGUGGACCAAAUAAACAAAGCAAUGGCCUAAAACCUAGAUAAUACUACCCUCUACUGGCCCAUUGACCAUGUACCAUGUGCUAAGCAGCCCAGACGGGUUAAAGAAGUGUACUGGAUAGUAUGGCUGCUGGCAGACAGCCCCAACUCUCAGCACUGUCCCCAUCUCAGGGUUACCCAUAAGCCUUGGGUUUUUCAUUCUUCAUUUUUUAUGAUGCACAUGAUUUGCAUCAUUUUGUGUGCCUCUGAGUGUGCAUGCCUCUGUGUAUGUUUGUGUGAGUGUGAAGGACGUGAAAUCGAUGGCAGCUAUUUCGAGCUCUUGAUGACUUUGUUUAAAAGUCAUAUGUUUACUCCUGAGAAAUAAAAUGUUUUGCUCUAGAUUGUUGCUGUUCUACAUGAAAUAGAUUAAUCAAUAUAAAAAGUAGUUCUGGAGGAUUUGUAAAGUUCUAUUAUUUUCAAAAGGCGAGCUAAUGGACCAUAUAGCUACGUAAUGGACUACAUGACUACAUCAAUGGACAAUAUUACUGUAUUGCCAUUGGACGGACAUUAGCGCCUCUCCCCUGCUGUAAGGAAACAUGAGUCCUUUGGAAAGCAGUACUCAUUCACUGCAUCUUUUUGAGCAGCGGCAACCACUUCUUCCAUUUGAGAGGCUUAGUGUGUGGCUGUUCAUGGUAUCUCAGCACUUAAACUUAAAGCUAUCGCUUGAGUCUCACUGUUCUGCAAUUUGUCCAAUGAGAGCAGAGGAAGGUGUUCAUAGGUGAAGUUUGCACAAAAUGUAGCCCUUGCAGUGGCCGCACUCCAAAAAAACAACACAGUUACUCCUACAAAUGAUUUAUUCACGUCUUGGCUACCUGCAAGAUAUGGGGUGUGCUCAUAAUUCCGCUUUUCACAGCCAAACUCAUUUUGUAUUGCCAAGUCUCUGUAGUUGCAAAGUGUUCUGAGGUGAAUUCAGUUCAACAUUCUCAUGGAAACAUAGCUAAUAUUUUUUCCCUGACACAUGCAUGACUGAAAAUGAAUGAUUAAAAAUUGUAUUAAAUGACACCCCCUCCCCCCCUCCCCCCUUCAUUUUUGUGAAAAGUCCAUGAAAGACUGCCUUCAUUGUUUAAAAAUGUAGACAUUUAUUUCAUGUGUUCUUAUGUAUUAUCUUUUAUUAGACCUGUGUUAAGAUGCAUUCCAUCUGAUAUCACUUUUUCUUAGUUAGGUAAUGAACUGUUUUAUAUUUGUGAAGGUGUUUAGACAUCUACAAGUGUUUUGUAUUUAAAAUGUUUUUACUGUAUUCUAAACAAAUGUAACUUCAGAUAUUUUGUAUUACUUCAACAAUGUAAAAAAUGAAAUCUUUUGAAAUUAUUUUGUAAAGAAUACAAGAAUUUUGCAGAAA